AUGUCGUAUGAGCGGCCGGAUAGUUUAUCUGUACGACUUUCAUCUUCACGUAAAUUAGCCAGCUUAGGUAGAAAUCACGGUGAACACAAUCAACUGGAGGAAAUUUCACUUCCACCAGCGUUGCAUCGUUUUUUGGCCUCGCCAACAGCAAGAUCACCUUCCACUCCGCAGCUAAAAACAGUGCUUCGAUUAGCAGACGAAGACUUGGAAAAUGUGACCGUACACGGGAAUAGCUUCGUUUUUCGGUGUAAUCAAUCGGGCAUUUCGAAAUCAUUCAGCAAAUAUACAUUCGAUCAAAUUUUUGCAUCCGAUGCUACCAUUCAACAAAUAUGUUCGGUUUGUUUACCGGAUCUAUUACAAACAUGUUUUAGUGGUUCUGAUGCUUGUUUUAUCUAUUUUGGUGCUGUAUCAAAAGCUAAAAAUGAGCUGCUGUAUUCGCAAUAUAAUCGACAGGAUUUCACAGCGGUCAGCACAGCUUCAGAUUUAGCCGGUCCAUCAUCCGGAAUACAAUAUCCGGGUAUUUUUCCAUCUGCAUUGCUACUCACAUUCCGGUUAAUAUCCGAAUUGCGCCAACGUCGACCUGAUUUUCAUCAUUCUGUCCGUAUUUCGGCACUUUAUUAUUCUCAGCGUCGUAAUCUACUCAUCGAUCUUCUUGCUUCAUUUAUUCAGCCCGUGACCUCACAAGAAGUUGUUACUAUUCGAGAAGAUUCCGUACUGGGAAUCAAAAUUCAGAAUCAUAGUGAAUUGAGGGUGGAUUCUUUGGAACAAGCUAUGUUAAUGAUCGAUGAUAUUAUCCAGGCCAGACUAACCGGAAAAGAAGUUCGAGUUCCUACGAGAUGUCAUAAAAAGUUGGCAGCUGCAGACCCUGAUGUAAACGGAAAAUUUGCACCGUAUCUACUAAAGUUGUAUAAAAAGAACACAUCCCAAUUGAUUGGUGGCCGAUCGCGAUUAUGUCUGGUAGAUUUAGGACUUGGUGAACGUACAUCAAAAGGUGAUAUACAGGCCAUGACUAUGCCUGUUAUCACCAACCUUUUGGUUGCAUUAUUCCAAGGACAGCGAUAUCUCCCGAGCAGACAAAGUCCUCUAUGUAUGUUACUGAAAGAAUCACUAGGUAGUGUACAAGUGAAGGCAUCGCUUCUCUUCGCUUCACUUUCUGAUCGAAUUUCGGAAUCGGAAAAUAUUUUACAAAUGAUGUCCAAAAUACAACGUGCUGCUAAACCACGAAAAACACAUCGUGUUGGGAGUGAUUCAUCGUCUUCCGAUUCUACUCGUCGACGUUUGGCUGCAAAUAGUGAAGGUAAUUCGAGCUCAGAGCAGUCAUGCGCCGAAACGGUCAUUUUCCUCGGACCUUCUGUCAGGAUAGAACCAGCUGCUGAACAACAACAGCCAAAACGAAGAACGAACGGAAAUGCAAUUGAUUCGAUGAAACGAAAAAUGAUCCUGGAUUGGAUCAAGGACACUCAGGAAAGCGGACACUCUCGACCUGUCAAGAUUAGUGUUUGCGUACAGUGUAACGAAGACGACAUAGACAUGGAAAAUUUACAACGGUUCGGCUGUCGACGACAUUUGGACGAUAUUCUGGAGGAUGACGAAGAAGCCAGUGGGUGUCAUUCACCGCGGAGCCUACCAACCACCGAACAAUUUCUUGAGUCUUUCCAAAACAUUGGCACUCUUCAGCAGCCACUGAGUAUUCUUAGUCUGGAUAAAGUUUCUGCUUCAACAUCCGGAAAAAGUGCAUCCGAAAAUGAGGUGGAGGAUGACGAUUUAGAACGAGCGAUGGCCGCUAGUAUCAGUUCCAUUCGUUCACAUGAAAUACUUUCACGGUUAAAUGACGAUUUGUCAGAAAUACAGUCUGAGAAUGUAUCGGGAAGUGAUAGUUCACUAUCAGGAUUUAAUCGAAGCGCAAUCAAACCGGAAGCUUAUACAGAUGAGAAAUUGUACCAACUUACUGAAACCUAUAAGAAGAAGAAGAAAAAAUUUAUUCCAUUAAGCUGUUGCAAGAGUAGCAUGCUUUCAUCGGAAAGUAGCGCUGGUUAUGGACAAGCUAGCUCACUUACUAUUCUAAAAACAAUAGAGAAAGAAGAUGCACACGAGACUAGCCAGCUAGUAAGCGGUACUUUUCCGUCACCUCUAUUGGAUCAACCAAUGAUCAUCACGAAAAAUAACAAUCCCAAAACAGUACCACGAUCCAGUACACAUCCACUGAACAAUUAUGCUAAUAGGAAUAAUCGACCAGAAGCACUGCCAAAGAGCAAGCUACCACGACGAACUGCAGAAAGUAACAUACGUAAAGUUUCUCCCGAAAAACAACCUGUGUUACUGGAACGUACGCCUUUACAAUAUCCCGUUGCCAAAAGUUCACGUCGUGAUUUAUUUGAUUCUAAAAAAGAAACUAAGAAAGGCAAACGCAUUAUUGAAAGACGAAAUUCGGGUGAUGCCAAUCAAAGGUCGACGAAUUUUGUACCAUCACCUUACUCCAUGGUAACUGAUGCAAAGCAGGACACUGGCGCAUAUUCAUCAGGCCAUGGUAGCGAUGAAAAUGGCUCAAUCUAUAGUCGACCACUGCUAACCUUGUUAUCACCUCGUUCUAAUCGACCUCGAAAUCGAGAAAGUUUCUCGGCUAGUAGCGGUUACGAAAGUGCCACCGGUGUGGAUGUUGUUAAAAAUUAUGGGUCCCUUUCAAAAAGACGACUUUUCGAACUGUCACAAACUCAUUCUUCAAAUAAACAUGCACUACUGAUGGAUAAACGAGUUAAUUUAAUGAUUAGACGACAAAACUGUCUUCGUGAUGAUUUACGUGAAGCGAAACGUCUACUAGGUGUCGCAGAUGAACACUUUCUUACGGCAUCCACAUCUAGUCUUCAAGGAGCUACUUUAUUAGAAGCACUUACUCAGGAAACGAGAAUUUUGGAGAAACGUUUGAUAGCAUGCCGUAAUCAUGCAAUGAUCGUAACGUGCCUUUUGUGAUUUUUUGACGUGAUCUCAUGUUGAUAUAUUUAUAUAUGUACAUAGAGUGACUAAUAUUUCUUUGUUGUUAUCAUUUGUUCUAUUUCCACAAUGAUAUGCAAAUUGUGUAAACUUCAAAGUAUGACUGUAAUAAAUUAAUAAGCAC